AUGAGCUUCUGCUUGAGGCUGAAUCCGCUCAAUCCGCUGGCUAGGAGGAAUAUUUACAAAACAGUGCAGACUGCACGCAGAUACAAACACACAGACAUCCACCUUACCUCCCUCUCCACAGCCAUCCAAAAUCGUGAUACAGAUGCGCUGCGAGGGAUUUUAUGCGGUGAUAUCAGCAAUACACACACCGUAGACAAACACUACUCGCACCUACUCGACGCUUGGCUCUCCCCACUCGCACGUGAAAACGACGACGGCGCACAGAUUGACGAUAUAGCCGUUGAAUUGGCAGCACGCGGCCAGUCACGACCCCUGCUAAGCGCAAUGAAGGUGGCGCUACAGAGAAACAAUCCAGCGCGCGUGUUGAAGCUGUUUGAGGGGCUUCAACAGCGACAGCGUCAGUGCAGUAGCAGCAGCAGUAGCAGCAGCAACCACACCACACCCACACCCAUCUCCAGCAGACUGCUAGUAUGUGUCGUAGCCGCCCACUCCCUCACCCACUCUCUCCAAGGUGCGCGCAGUGCGCUGGCACUUGCUCGACCUGGCUACACCUUCUCGAGCGGCAUAGUUGCGCGCGACACGGGUCUAUCAGGUGCCGCGCUACAGCUAGCGCAGGAGUACGUCGAAAAUGUGCGCUGGGCGCAUGUCCUCGUCGACAAGCAGACCGUACUCACCUCCCUCGGCCAAGCCGCCCAGGACGGCAUGAGGCGAUACAUACUGGAAGUGUACGAUGCACUAACAGCACAAGAAAACACGCUUCUCGAUGACGACCAAGUUUACGCUGCUUUCCUACGUGCGCUCGCUCAUACUCAUAAACGCACUUCGCCCCCUCUCCCAACAGGUGUCUUGGACAGACCACUCGACGCGCUCGGCCACCACUCUCUGCAGGCAGUAUUGGAGGGGGAGCUAGUACAUCGCAGCAGUGCGCAGCGCGUCACAACCAUACUUAGACAUAUGUCACGCAGUGGCAUUCUCCCACAUGAGGACACGGCAGCAGCGCUCAUAGCACGCUUGAUAGACGCACGCAGUCGCGAUGGUAUGCAAGUUUUUGACAGUGUGCAGACCAUUUACACUGCUCACGAUAUUCCUACCCCUACCAAAAUCUGUAACGCCCUUCUUGCAGGCCUCACCAGAGUGGGUAUGAGCGACGUUGCGACUCAUGUGUUUCAUCAGAUGAACAGCCCAACUAUCGUGUCGUACAAUAUACUCAUACGCGCUGCUGUACUGCGCAAUGACACUCAAACCACUAUUCAUCUCAUCAGACAACUUAAAGAGAAUAAUAUCCCACCCGACGCUCAUACUUUCUCAAUGCUGCUGAUAUACCUUCGCAAACAGACGCAUCCGGACGCUAUCGGCGUGGUGGUGCGCACGAUGGCUGAGUGCGACGUCGAUGCCGAUGUGCACAUCUACUCCAACAUGCUCGACAUAUUAGCGAAAGAGGGAGAGAUGGAUGAGGCACUCUGUCUGCUUGACCGCAUGGAGGAAGAGGGCAUGUCAACCACAUCCGUCACUUACACAUCCCUCAUUAGCGCACACUUAGCUCGGUCUCCUGAUGGUCUCGCAGAGGCACAGUCCCUGAUGACACGGAUGAAAAGACGCGGGCUCGCUCCCACACAGGCCCUCUUCCAGUACGCUAUUACAGCUAGUCUCGCUAAUAAUCACCCUUUUGCUCCUUGGGUUCUCCUCGAACAGAUGGCACACGAACCUAAUGUUCACAUCACUAAGAAUACCCUCUACCUUCUCAUGAAAGGCUUUUACGACGCCAGACGCUUCGAUGAUUGUCGCAGAUUAAUUGAUUUCAUGCAGAAGAAUCAAAGGUAUAUUAAAAAUACCUCCAACACGCACGACGACGACGCUUUCGGGAGAAUAAUGGUCAAGGUACGCAGAAAGCUGACCGAGAAAGGAUUAUGA